AACGUCAAUGAGUUCUGAACUUUUAUUUUGAAAUUGUGUUUACUGCACCUUUCGUAUGAUCACAGUGUGUGAGUUCAGGCGAACGCGAUUUUGAACGCUAGUCCGGAGAGGCGCGUGAGGAUUUCUGAGGCGGUGCCGCUGCCCGUGUGGACGCAGAAUGCAGACCAUUAAGUGUGUUGUGGUGGGUGACGGGGCGGUAGGCAAGACGUGCCUCCUUAUUUCUUACACGACAAACGCCUUUCCCGAGGAGUACAUCCCCACUGUGUUUGACAACUAUAGCGCUCAGAUGAGCGUCGAUGGCCGUACAGUCAGCCUCAACCUUUGGGACACAGCAGGGCAGGAGGAGUAUGACCGUCUGCGCACGCUGUCCUACCCACAAACGAACGUCUUCAUUAUUUGCUUCUCCAUCGGAAGCCCUUCAUCAUUCGCCAACGUUCGCCACAAGUGGCACCCGGAGGUGUCUCACCACUGUCCCAGCGUGCCCAUUCUUCUGGUGGGCACCAAGAGGGAUCUGCGUUCAGAUACGGAAACGGUUAAGAAGCUGAAGGAGCAAGGGCUCGCGCCCACUACCAAUCAGCAGGGCGGCGCGCUGGCCAAACAGAUCGGAGCCGUCAAGUACCUGGAAUGCUCUGCGCUCCUCCAGGAGGGUGUGCGGGAGGUGUUCGUGGAGGCUGUUCGUGCAGUGCUCUACCCUGUUACCAAAAAGAAUACCAAGAAGUGUGUGCUCUUAUAGUCGGGGACUGCCGACGGAUAUGAACUUAUAAACAAGCUGUGCAGGGGGCGAUCCUGGUGUUUGUGUCCAUCUCUUCUCAUCUUGGCCUCUUUUCUUGCUCUUUAAGGACUUCCUCUGGCUCACUUAUUUUGCAUUUGCUGACAUGUUCACAUCUCAUUCCUUCACAUUACUUGUAAAUCAGUCUGUCGCAGUUGCUUGCCUAUUGUUCUGAUGAUUAAUAACGGUUUAUUACCAGGUCCACUCAAUGAAAGAUACAUUAGCAGAUAGACUGACGGUUGUCCGUGUCCGUCAGGAGUGUGUAGAGCAGGAUUGUGGCUUUAAUACUGCCUUGACUUACGGUGUCCUGUGCGUUCUGAUAAAUGUGCAAUAUAAUGAAGACUGAAUGAGGUCGACACGUCAGACUUUACGUUUAUAGUCCCUUUGUGGGAGGUUUCACAGCCAAAUCUUUGAUGUGCCUUGGAAAUUAUUUGUUUCCCCCUAACACACACAGUGUGUUUUAUUCGUACCUGUUCAGUCAUUACAAAAGUAAUUUUUGGACAGGUUGAAAAAAAAAAUAAGAGGAUUGUUUGGGUUGCAAUGAUGACUUUUAUGUAGAAAACUGCAGGAUUUAUUUCACUCCAAAAUCAAAAGAAAAAAUUAUUAUACUUUUCAUAAAGAAAUUAAAGCUUUUUAGGAGAGUUCAGAUUUUUUUUUAAAAGAUAUUUAGGCACAAAAAAGUCAUUUCCUGUAAUGUAAGAAUGAAGAAAAUCUUCCUGUCCAGACACAAUGGCUGAUUUUUUUUUUUUUUUAAGAUGGUACAACAAAUACUAUCAUGCUGUAAAUUUCCAGUUAUAUUUUACAAAUACAAAACGUCUUAAUGGUCCAAAAAAUUUUAAUGCAAAACUUAUUUUUUACUUGUGAUUUUGGGGUUAAAUAUGACUCUGAAAUUUCUUAAUGGUGUUUUUGAGAUUAACCCAUGAUCCUGAGAAUUGUGCCUUAUGUGCUUCUUUAAAGGGCUUCAUCCCGCUGCUAAACAAGUAUUAUAUUAGUACUACGUCAAGAUAGCAGAUUUGGGCAGCAGCCCAUAUUUUCUUCGAAAGAGAUUGUCAGUCAGGUUCCUCUGCAUGCCGUACUGUAAUUCACGAUAAAGCCUUGAGUUCGAGUCAGCCUUAUCUACCACCAUGUCAAUUUGGUUUCUUAAGUUUCAGCCUGACUCGCUAUGUAACGCUCCACAAGAGUCAUCCGUCGUUUGUUUUUAGUCAAUGCCUCAUUCCUCAGACCCAGCGAACGGCUCAUUCUCGCUGCACUGUGUGACAAAAACAGUGAUUUGUCUUUCAAGCCCAAAGACUGAGCAGCAGGUAUGCGUGAUCCGCUGGGUCCAUAGUACAAACCCUGUGCUAAGACUAGCUCGCUACUCUCGUGCAUUAAAGAAGCACUCAAAACUGUCUACAACGUAUACGUACGAUUAUAAAUGUUUUUUUCAAAGAUGUUUUUUUUUGGUUUUAGGCAUUUUAUUGUUAUGAUCAACCAAGGUUUUUGUUCUUUUGUUCAGUAAGUGGCCAAAUGUUGUCUGUCAUGUAACACUGGCCACUGUAUUUCAAUAUCCUCAUCUCACAUACAUGAACCUUUCAAGUUUUCAUUGUUGUCAAAAGUGUUUUUUCGAUCAUCUCAACACAGUUAAAAUAAUGGUAGCAGGCAGUCAGUGAACUGCAGGCAUUAUGGAGAUAUAAUGUGUGAUAUUGUACUUGGCUGAAUAAGACCUUUGCAUGUGCUGAUAUGUGAUUAGAUUUUAUAACUGGAAAAAACCGUGGUUAAACAUUUUGCAAAACUGACAUUGAAUGGCAGUGUGGUGUGAAAACAGACGCUGUGGAAACCUGUGACUCAAUUUAAAAUGUUAGACAGCCAAUAUUUUAUAACUGAUUUUUAAACUGCCUUGCCUUUUUAAAUUUUUGAACUUUUUGCUUUUUCUUAAUUGCCUGACAAACAUGGCCAAAGAGUGCCUUUGGAUACAAAGAUUUAUUGUGGAAUAACUGGACGUUUGAGUCACACCUGACACCAAUCGCAGUGAUGUGUCUUUCUGUCAUUAAAUCCAGGAGUAUGUCUCAGCUAUUCAUUCCUUAUUUUGAUUUAAAUUGAGUGUUGCUGAACUCUAUGUAAGCAUCACUGUGUUGUUGCCAAGAUGAAAUGUGUAAGGGAAAUGCUCUCGGAAAUGAAAUCUGCGCGAACCUUGAUAUCACUAUUAGGUGUGACGGUGUGUGCAGUGGUGAAUGACGAGUGAUUGUGACUGGUUUCUGUUUCAUCCUUUCAGCGUAGCUUGCUGUCAUAAGCAGGCAGUGAGCUUCACGCUGCAUACGGUCUGUGUGUCUAUGGUAUGUGGUACUACAUUUAUACACUGGGAACUCGAUUUUGUCAAAAUUGCCUUUUUGUAACCAAAAUAAAUUUGUAUAAAUGAACUAACCGUGAAAUUAUUUUAAAUUAUGCUAAAUAAAUUUUUACGUACAAUUUA